AGAAAGAGAGAGAGAUACACACAAGAUUAAUAUAUAACCAGAUAGGUAGCCCGGUUAACAACCAGGUUAAUAAACAGCUAAACCAGCAGGUUGAUAAGCAGGUUAACAGAGAGAGAACCAAGAGGCGGUGGAUGUUAUUUGAGGAGAAACAGAUGGAGUCUGAAGAAAAUCUGCUCAAUGUUUUUCUGUUGCUGCUGCUCAUUGGAUCACAAUUUACCCUGGUGGGUCCCUCAGUCCCUGAGGAGGGCUGGCAAGUGUACAGUUCAGCUCAGGACUCUGAAGGUCGAUGUGUUUGUACAGUGGUUGCCCCUCAGCAGACGGUCUGUUCCAGAGAUGCUCGAACCAAACAGCUGAGACAGCUGCUUGAAAAGGUACAGAAUAUGACUCAGUCUAUUGAAGUUUUGGACCAGCGGACUCAGAGAGAUCUGCAAUUUGUGGAGAAAAUGGAAGUUCAGUUGAAAGGUCUAGAAAACAAAUUCAAACAGGUGGAGGACGGACAUGAGACCAACAUCGCCAGACAGUACAAGUCCAUCAAGGCAAAGAUGGAGGAGUUACGUCCUCUGAUCCCGGUCCUGGAGGCCUACAAGGCCGAUGCUCUGCUGGUCCGACAGUUUAAGGAGGAGGCAGCGAAUGUGACGGAGCUGCUGGGAUCACUGCAGGAAAAACUGGGAGGACUGGACUACCAGGAGCUCCACAGCCGAGUGAUAAGCCUGGAGGACAGACUGAGGGCCUGCAUGCAGAGGCUCGCCUGUGGGAAGCUGACAGGAAUCUCUGAGCCAAUCACCGUUAAGACAUCUGGAUCCAGGUUUGGAUCAUGGAUGACCGAUCCACUGGCUCCGGCUGGAGACAACAGAGUGUGGUAUAUGGAUGGUUACCAUAACAACCGCUUCGUUAGGGAGUAUCAGUCAAUCUAUGACUUCAUGACGACAGAUAACUUCACAUCUCACCGCCUGCCUCACCCUUGGUCUGGUACUGGUCAGGUGGUUUAUAAUGGAUCCAUUUACUUCAACAAGUUCCAGAGUCACACCAUCAUCAAGUUUGACUUCAGCACGUCACUCAUCAGCCGUUCCCGACAGCUUGACUUUGCCGGCUACAACAAUAUGUACCAUUAUUCCUGGGGAGGUCACUCAGAUAUUGACCUUAUGGUGGAUGAGGGGGGGCUCUGGGCCGUCUACGCCACGAAUCAGAAUGCUGGAAAUAUCGUCCUUAGCCAGUUAAACCCAAUCACUCUGCAGAUCAUCCGCAGCUGGACCACCAACCACCCAAAACGCAGUGCUGGAGAGGCGUUCAUGAUCUGUGGAACCCUGUAUGUUACUAAUGGGUACUCGGGUGGAACCAAAGUGUAUUACGCCUACUCCACUAACUCCUCUACUUAUGAAUAUAUUGACAUCCCUCUGACUAAUAAAUACAGCCACCUAUCCAUGCUUGACUACAACCCCCGAGACAGAGCGCUGUAUGCCUGGAACAAUGGCCACCAAGUCCUUUAUAAUGUUACACUCUAUCACAUUAUACAGUAA